AUUUAUCCUCGGUUGUGGUUGUUCAGCUGAUCAGCUGUUACCGCUAUGUAUUUUCCUCUUUAUGCACGCCUAAUUUGAAAGACUACGACCCUACAAUUCGAAUAUACUACGGGCAUACACACACGUAAAUGAUGCGAUCGCGCAUGUCUUAAUUAUCAGAGCAGCGAGCUGUCUUCUUCCCCUUGUUUCGUGAUUUAUUGAAAGUUCCACAGAUUAGUCAGCGAAUAAAAUACGAUGCCGCAGAGUGCGACAAAGACACUCGAAGUGCAGGCCGAUCUCGACGACGGGUCGGCAUGGCCGACAACAGCACCCGUCGCGAACGGCGUCAUGCCCACCAACCCGAGCAGUCAAAGACUUGUUGCUGAUAUCCAACCCAAUGGCGACAUCGAAAUGGAGUACGUCGUCAACGCCACAUCUCCGAGCCGAGAAAAGUACACUGCCAUGGAGGCAGUGUCGGAACACACACAAACGAGGUUUGAUGCCAAAGGAGAAGUGGAGCAAGGUUCGGUUUCGAGACCACCUCGAGAUAAGUUCAUGGUCGCCAUUAUUAUAUUCGCCAUCCAUGGAAUCGGAACUCUUUAUCCCUGGAAUAGCUUUAUCACGGCUCAAAGGUAUUUCACGGAUCACAAGUUUGCCAACGUCAGCGACGACACCGAGUAUAAAGACAAGUUCAUAAGCUACCUUGGUAUUGGAGGCUUCAUUCCCAAUGUCACAUUUCUCUUCAUCGCACUAUUCUUUCCCCCAAAAUCUUCCAGGUUUUCAACGUUUGGUGGACUAUUUGUGAUGUUUGUGAUGUUUAUUCUUACGACCAUACUCGCCAUCGUCGAUUCUUUUUCAUGGCCUCACAUUUUCUUCGGAAUUACGAUGGUGACAAUCAUCAUUUUUAAUGCUGCCUCUGCUGUUUAUCAAUCUGGGAUGUACGCGUUUGCUGCCAAGCUCCCUGAAGGAUACACUCAAAGCUAUAUUGUCGGACAGGGGAUCGGGGGAACGUUUGUUGCCGUUUUGUCAAUCAUGUCGAUAACAUUUGCCGGAAGUCUCCGCAGUGCGGCUAUCGGAUACUUUUGUUGUGCUGUGUUGGUUCUACUCGUCUGCUUACUCACGUUCGUCAUGCUUUUUAAACUGCCGAUAAUAAAGUACUACAUGGGUAUGGUUAGUAUGGUUACUGAUAACAAAGAAGCUGAAGCCGCUGAGGAUCAAGUUAAUAGCAGACCUCCUCUCUGGACGAUAUUCAAACAGAUCAAGAUGCAAGUGUUAAACAUCUGGCUGUUAUUUUUCGUGACCCUGGCGAUCUUCCCGGCGGUAUUGGUUGAUAUACCAUCUGUUGACGAGGAUCCGUCCUACUUCAAGCAGGUUUAUUUCAUCCCUCUCUGCUGCUUCUUCACCUUUAACCUCGGUGACUUCUUCGGCAGCGUCCUGCCCGCCUGGAUCCGAUGGAAAUAUGCCAAUUACACAUGGUUGCUGGUUACUAGUCGUCUGCUGUUCUUCCCAAUCUUCAUAUUCUGUAACUACCGUCCUGAACUCCGUUCUAUUCCUGUGCUUAUCAACAAUGACUACGCCUAUGCUUUCCUGGUAGUGAUCAUGUCUGUAUCUAAUGGUUACCUGAAAACUGUCAUCAUGAUGGAUGGACCAAAGAUGGUAUCUAAUCCAAACUGGGCAGGAAAGGCAGCCUCCAUGAUGGUCUUCUUCCUAAUCCUAGGUAUCUUCUGUGGCAUCCAGUUCUCCCUCUUCUUCCCGUGGGUCGUUUCUUUAUAGACGGCAACGCGUCAUCGCACCUGCCGAUGGCUAGUGGAAACUUCCGACAGAAGAUAGCAACGCCGCCGCCGCCCCCUCUGUUCUGUGUGCUUACUACCAAGGAUGUAGCCAUGCUCUAUCUUGGGAUAAGACCAAUGUGUGUUGAGCAUCAGGCUCAAGGUGCCCCGCUGUCCUGUGUGUGUGUGUGGCCAAGAGAGAGCACAAUUGUAUUCACUCCCCCGUGGCUACGUCUAUGGAGUAUCAUGCUAUCUGUGCACAUAUUCUGUUGUGUUCAAUGUGUUUUGUGGCCAACUCUGACGAGCUCUUCCGACUCUGCGCCGUAUCAGCGAAAAGGGUGUUAGGAGUUGGGAUAUCACCUUGCUUGUGAUGUAGAAAAAGAAAACAAUAAUUUCGAAAUGUUUUUUGUUCUUCCGUAAGGUUUAGUGUCAUUUAGUUUAUCAGUAUCAUUUCUCUCUUGAAUGUUUAUGAUUUCUCUUUUGUUUGAAAUAUGUUUACAUUCUUUAUACGAGUUUGAAGGUAAUUUACAUGUAAAUGUUCAUGUAUUAAAAGUGAAUUACCAUUUAUUUCUGUUAUGUAAUGUACAGUUAAUGUAGAUACAUAUUUAAUAACAUUAUAAUUGAUAUUCAAGAACCGUCUAGUUCACAACAUUAAGUAGUUUGUCAGUAUUUUGACAUUUACUCUUUGCAGUAUGACACUAGACAUACUUUCUCAGUCCCAAUAAUCAAAAUAUCCAAUAUGUUUGAUGGCCAUAUUGGAAUUUGAAAUGACAGCUUUUAUGUGUGUCAUAUGUUCAUGCUCUAUUCAUAUUUGAUAUUUCAUGAUGAUUAUUUUUAUAUAUUAUCAGCACCAAAAAUUAUGUCUCUGUGUCAGGUGUCACAUUUUCUGCCUCAUACCCUUUGUAAAGUUUAUGAUUAAAAAACACUUGUCUCUUUUAUUUCAAAUGAUAUUUGUGAUGUAUUGUAGCAUAGAGCAUAGUGGUUGAUCUAAAGAGAAAUGCAGAGCAUUGGAGUGCAGUAAACUUUGCUUCAAUUGAACUUGUAGAGGAAAACAUUGAGCUGCAUCUUGUGGGUAGUUUUGUAUAUUAAUUUCUUUGUUCCUUUUUAAAAAUUAAAAAUCAUAGCGGUUUUCCCGAAAUCCUGGUAGAUAAGACUUGCCUUUGUGGCAUCAUUGUGAAACGUUAUCAGAAGACUCGUGUGAGAAUUGCCUUAACUUUUGUGUAACUGUUGUACAUGUACAUUAGUACAUGCAUUUCUAAAAUCCUUUCGUCAGAAAUGUCAUGAAAUAAUUAUGCAGGGUACAGUGAUCUUUUUAGUAGAAAAAAAAACAACCACAGUACUUACAAAGUAAUACAUGUCUGUAAUUUUAUAAAAAUCCAAAAGUGAUUUUAUGAAAGGUCAUUCCAAUUUCAUUGAUGCAUAUUUUGAUACGAUGCAUCUUCUUCUAACUCACAUCUUUGAAAUGAUUCAGUAUGUGUUGCGUCAUUCAUCUUGAAUUACCUAGUUGUCCCUUUGUACCUCAGAUUAACAUUUUUAUAAUUUUUCAGUAUUAGGAUUAGAGUGGGAUUAGGAUAUCAUAAACAUACAAGUACCAUGUCGAUCAUUUAUGAUUACAAUGUGGCAAUUUACAUUCCAUAUCUUGUACUGGCACACAGGGUGAUAUCUCUACCUGAAUAUGCCUUCCUUCCUUUUUUUGUUGUUGUACUUCACUGCUGUAAGUUUGAUUUUCUACAUCAUUAACUGCUUUGGAGAAAAAAAAAGCUAAAUCAGAUAACAGGGUACUGAUUUUCAAACUCCACAUCGAAGGCAAAGAGUAAUUUACAUUAGUAGUGUGUCAUUUUUAGAGUGAUAUGUAAA